UAGUUUGUGUAGGCUUUACAGACUGUGAAGUAUCCAGUGCAGUUUUAAAGACUAACGGAAACUUUCCAAAAGGAGACUUUGCCCCUUGCACUGUGUUUGUAGAUAAAAGUUUUUUUAGACCAAACUUGUGCUGCUAAGAAGAGCCUAGCACCAGAUGGCUGUUAAAUGGUCCUGAUCAUCUGUCUAUCCAACUGAAUUCAUACCAGAGCUCUCCAUCCACCAUGUUGCCCUGUGGUCCAGCUUUGACCUUUGUUCGGUGCCUGGUGCGUAAGAAGAAUGUCAAGGGGGAAGGUCUUGAGGACUCGUUGUGCCGAUGCUUAUCUACGCUGGACCUUAUAGCACUGGGAGUUGGAAGUACCCUUGGUGCUGGUGUCUAUGUCCUUGCUGGAGAAGUUGCCAAAUCUAAUUCUGGACCUAGCAUUGUUGUUUCCUUCCUCAUUGCUGCCCUGGCAUCUGUGAUGGCGGGUCUCUGCUAUGCUGAGUUUGGUGCUCGUGUUCCCAAGACUGGUUCAGCAUAUUUGUAUACUUACGUAGCUGUUGGUGAACUGUGGGCCUUUAUCACUGGUUGGAAUCUCAUUUUAUCCUAUGUUAUAGGUACAUCGAGUGUAGCAAGAGCCUGGAGUGGCACCUUUGAUGAACUUCUUGGGAAACAGAUUGGUCACUUCUUCAGAACGUACUUCAAAAUGAAUUACCCUGGUCUGGCAGAGUAUCCUGACUUCUUUGCUGUAUUCCUUAUAUUGCUCUUGUCAGGUUUGUUAUCAUUUGGAGUAAAAGAAUCUGCCUGGGUGAAUAAAAUUUUCACGGCUAUUAACAUCUUGGUCCUACUCUUUGUAAUGAUUUCUGGUUUUGUGAAAGGAGAUGUUGACAACUGGAGAAUAAGUGAAGAAUAUCUCAUAAACCUUUCUGCAAUAACAGAGAAUUUUUCAUCUUACAAGAAUGUGACAAGUAUAUAUGGGAGUGGUGGCUUUAUGCCAUAUGGUUUCACAGGAACACUGGCUGGUGCUGCAACCUGUUUUUAUGCUUUUGUAGGAUUUGACUGCAUUGCAACAACUGGGGAAGAGGUCAAGAAUCCUCAGAAAGCCAUACCCAUUGGAAUUGUGGUGUCCUUGCUCGUUUGCUUCAUGGCCUAUUUUGGAGUUUCAGCUGCACUGACUCUUAUGAUGCCAUAUUAUCUGCUAGAUGAGAAAAGUCCUCUGCCAGUAGCAUUUGCAUAUGUUGGAUGGGGUCCUGCAAAAUAUGUUGUAGCAGUGGGAUCCCUCUGUGCUUUGUCUACAAGUCUUCUUGGAUCCAUUUUCCCAAUGCCACGUGUAAUCUAUGCUAUGGCGAAGGAUGGGUUGCUUUUCAAAUGUCUAGCUCAAAUCAAUUCCAAAACGAGGACCCCACUAGUUGCUACUCUAUCGUCUGGUGCAGUAGCAGCUAUUAUGGCAUUUCUGUUUGACCUGAAGGCUUUAGUGGACAUAAUGUCUAUUGGCACACUUCUUGCUUAUUCACUUGUGGCAACCUGUGUCCUCAUUCUUAGGUACCAACCCAGUUUAACCUAUGAGCAACCCAAAUAUUCUCCAGAAAAAAUAGCCUUGGCUGCAUCAGAAAGAGAAUCUGCUGUAAGUGAGUCACAGAUAAAUAUGAUACAGGAGAGUCACUUCAGUCUUCAGACUCUGAUUAAUCCAUCCAGUUUACCUACAGAACAGACUGCAACUACUGUUAACUGUUUAGUGGGUCUGUUAGCUUUCUUGGUUUGUGGCUUGAGUGCUCUCGCUACAUAUGGGAUUCAUUUCAUUGCUAACUUGGAGCCCUGGAGUACUGGCCUUCUUGCUGCAUUGGUGGUGUUCUUCAUAAUUACCAUUCUGCUCAUCCAAAGGCAGCCUCAGAACCAGCAGAAAGUGGCCUUUAUGGUUCCAUUAUUGCCAUUUUUACCAUCACUCAGUAUCCUGGUAAAUAUUUAUCUAAUGGUACAAUUAAGUGCAGACACUUGGAUCAGGUUUAGCAUCUGGAUGGCACUUGGCUUCAUUAUUUAUUUUACUUAUGGCAUCAGGCACAGUCUUGAAGGUCAUCACAGUGAUGGAGAUGAAGAUUCUUGUUCGGAAAAUAGUGGGUUGCAAGAAAAGAACCCUGUGGAAGAAAUGGAUGAACCUGAAAGUGCAAAUGAAAGCGAUAAAUUUCUUGCACGUGAAAGGACAAGUGAAUGUUAAUUUAUGUAAACAAUCAAGUCUUUUAAACCUUUAAUUGAUAUUUUACUUGUGGACUGAAAUUUCAAAAGCUUUCUGCCAACAUUGUUCCUCUUGAAAGUGUUUACUACAAGGCCUGACUGAUGCUUUGGACAAGCUGCUAAUCCAUCUUCAUCAUUUCAGAACUGACAGCAUGGAAGUUAAUAUUUAAAUGAAACAAACAAACAAGAGAAGUACUCUUUUGCAAGCAGAAAUCUGGAUGUAUUGUUUGAACUGAUGUACAAAGUUGCUGGCAAUUACAAAAUAUGAAGAAUACUUGCAAGAAGUUCAGAAUAUUUUACACUGCAUUGUGAACACAGUGCCUUUUACAUGUCCUCCUUAUUUCUGUUACAUGGUCUGGUGUCCCAAAUAACAAUGCAACUAAAUCAGUAGUAAAAUACCAGGUACUAUUUUUUGUUGCUACAGAAAUCUCAUGGGAGAAAAAUUGAAGAUACCCUGGAAAAUAUUUCCAAAACAAAUGAUAAAUUGACAGACCUGAUGCUUUGCAAAAAGUAGAAGAUCAUGAAUUUAUAUAAAAAUGGUAAAGAAAGAAUUGCUUACCCUUACUAAUUAGUAGCCAUUAAGAACUGAAAUAGAGAAGAUCCUUUAAAGGCUUUAUUUCCCUCUAAAUGCUGUUCAGGAUUUUCACUUCUGUCUUACAUGAAUUCUUUUCACUUCAGAGAUGCUCUUUAUAUAAAAUAAUACUUCCAAGAGGGAUUUUGUUGUUUUCUGCAAAAACUUCUCUUCAGAAAAAUUAUGCCCCAAAUCCCUACCUUCUUUUCAGAUAGAAGGGGAGCUGAAAAAAAAACACCAAACCCAGGCUUUGGAAGGAAUGCUUUUCGAAGUAGUAUUUCAGUACUUCACCGAGUCAUAAAAAUAUGUUAGCACAACAAUUUUUUGUGAACCAAAUCUAAACCUACAAAUCCAUUCAUGUGAGUAGGCUGUCUAAAUGCUAACUUAUGUAUGUAAAGAACCAAAUAACUGCAAUAGUGUUGUGUGAACCAUUGUUUUAAAGAUAGUGAAAAUGGACACUGUUCUUUCAACAUAAAAGUCACAUUACUUAAGAAGGGCACCCAGACAUUUUAACCAUUUUUCUCAGCGUAUAAUAGUCUUCAAUCCCUUGAAGGAUUCCACAAUAGGAAAUUAUUUUGCAAGAAGUCACUUAUAAAAAUAACUUCCCUAAAGUACAGGAGAAUUGUUUUGUACUUUUGUACUUUGUCAUGGAAAGUUUUAAUCUGAAGCAUAAUAUUGCCAGUAAUAAUCAUUGGUAUUAAUCUCCAUUGUUAGCUACAAAACAUUUUAUAUCCUGUCAGAAUGAUGUUGGUUGACAGUGAAAAGCACCUUUUUAUAAUAGCUGGAAUUGAAAAAAAAAAAAAACAAAACCCACAAAAAAACUAGAAAAGAAAAAAAGAAGAAAAAAAGCAGACCAGUUAAGCUGCUUCUGUCUCUCUGUUUCUGUCUUUUUCACAGUGAUAGAUUCUUGCUUUUUAAACUGAAAAUGAGUUUUGUUGUUGUAAGCCUAAAUGUAGAAGGCAGAAAGAAGAGUGCUUCUUGAUAGAGAAUCUUGGAAUGUGCUGAUACCCCAUGGAAGAAUGAGUUUGUAGUUUAAAGCCUGAUGCAUUUCUUCCCAGUUUGAACUGGGAGGAGAGCAUUUUUUGCAGCACAGGUGAUUUGGCAGGGAUUUGUACUAGUUGCACUAGUGGCCUCUGCUGGCUGCUCAGCUCAAGGAGCAGCAAUCUGAAAAGAUCUUCACCACUAUUUGUCUUCUGUGGCAUAUUCCUGGUUUUAUAGCAAUCCAGAGGAAAUCACCAGAAAAGAUUUGCUAGAAGACCAAAGCAGAGCACUUGUAGGUGCCUGUGUUUUUCUUUCAAAAUACAGGAUAAUGAGUACACAACAGGAAAACCACCUACCUUUUAACUGAUGUUCCAGCAUGUGCAGCUGUUGUCCUAAGGACCAUUGUUCUAAAGUCUGGUGGUCCCUAAAAAUGGAUGAAACAGAGGAUGAAGAGAAACUGUAGAGUAAGUGACAAUGCAGUCCUGUUUCUUAAUGUAUCAUACUCCAUCCUAAUACUGAUAAGUUAUAGCCACUUCUUUGCACAGUUUGUUUUACAAGAUGUUGUUAAAGAAACACUAAAAUGUCCUAGUAAAGUAAUACAAGUAGAUUAUAGUCUAUGUAAAAUGUUCUGUUGAAAGAACUAGAUAGUAAUCUUCAGUGCUUAGAACAGUGCUUGGACCAAUUGAUAAGUUUCAGAACCUUUCUUCAAUGAAAGGAAGAGCCGUCUGUGUCGGUUGGAUCUGCCAUUGGAAUUGUAUUUCUCAACUGGGGCCCAUUGUUACGAAAAAGUGACAAAAGAACUAUGUGUUCUUGUUUAAAACAGAAGAUAUUUAUGACUUUUUAGGCUCCAGUGAGGUAAUCUUGACAGACUAAAACAAAUGUUUUAUUAAAAAAAGAUAAAAGAAUGUUUUUGAUACCAUUGGUGUUUGAAGUAGAAAUACUGAUGCUUUUCCUGAUUUGUAACUACUCUGUCAAGAGCACAACUUCUUCGGUGGCUAUUUUUUAGAGGGCAUCCUUAUCCGUCCUUCCCAGUUGCAAUUUUGUCCUGCUGUUAGGACAAGCCUGCAGUGCUCAGUUGAACCUUUUGCACAGUAUUUUUACAAGCCUACAAUGGAAGACAGCUCUUUUAAAUUCUUUACACAUCUUGGUGUGUGGGAAGCAGAGACUUUUUUCUAAAGAUGCUGGUGCCACAGAGCAGGCAAGUCAGGCUCCUGGGUUGCAAACUGUGGCUGUUCUGUGAUGUGCAAGGAAGAUCCCAUUCCCUCCCAGCACCAUCAUAUAGAACGAAUGUGUGCCUGCCUGUCUAUAUGCUUGCAUCGAUCUGACAUUAGCCCAUAGUGAUUUUGAUGUACUGAUUAGAGUAAUUUCUAUAUUGCACUGGAAUUUUCUUUGAAGGGAUACUGUCAAUGUAAGGAACUUAUGACUAAAGUCAGCACUAGCUAAGGCUUUUGGAGAUAAACGAGAGAAAUUUUUCAGCGUAUAUGUAUUUUGUACAGUGUUUUUCCCCUCAUUACUGUAUUAUUAGUCCCCCAUAGUUACAGUAGUUAAUUAUAUGAAAAUAAUGUGAUUGUUACAAAUGCUGUGAGGAAGACUGGGAGCAGCUGCAGCAGAGGAACUAUCCAGUUAACUAAUGAGAUAUAAAACAAAGGAAAAUCAUUGGCUAUUCUCAGUUGCUUUGACUGCACAAGGCUUUUUUAUAUGAGUGUAUAGUUAAUGCCAUUAAUAAUCCAUGGCUAAGAACACUGUAAGCCAGAAGUGAGAUAUUCAUGCUAAUUUUGAUGUGCAUUUGUAUGUGUAAUCUUGAAAUUCCAGAUGCUUUUCUGGGAUGUUAGUGGAGCAGGCCCUGUGAAACACAGCCAUGCUGCUUCUUAUGCAGGGAGCAUGUGUGAAACAAAGCCCAAUUUUGUUCUCGUGUUUGCUAUAUUUGCCAAGAGAGCAGCUGAAAGCACAAGUCCAUUGGAACUAAAUUGUUAUUUUUUAACAUACUCAUAGUUGUUGGUACUGUAAAUUCUUCUGUGCAGAUAAUGAUGGUAUGUAUUAAUAUAUAUAUAUUAAUGGGGGUAGCUUUUUUUGCUUUAUGGAAAUAAAUCCUUGAAAAACUAUAUUUGCAUUGGUACACUUGGGAUAUGCCUUUAGAUAUAGGAAUUAUUUUUAUCAGAUUUAGGAAAAUAAAUCAAGGUAUAUUUAAGAGAGAACAAGUAAAUCUUUGUUCUCCCAUAAGGAGGCAUAACAGUUAUAAAACAUUUCUGCAUAAUUCACAUUACCUAAGGUGACCUUUAUGCAGUAUUCCAAAUUCUAGUCCUAAUUUUGCAAAAGGAAAUGUUAUGAGGUAUCUUAGAUUUCAUUGUCUGUUAUCCAGGACAAAACUAUUCUGUUAAUAACAGCAUGCUUCUUCCUGCACAACAAAUACGAGCUAGAUUCCCAAAACCUGUCACACUGUGUUUAGGUCACCUUGUAUUAAGGCCGUGUAUACUGCCUACUGUCAGAGAAUAAAGAUCAGUACUAGCAGUACAGGGUUACUUAUCUAUAUUCUUAUGAACUUGAAUAUGCCAUGCAGAAACUUUAAAUGAUACAAUUAAUUUAGAAACAAAAUAUGGUAAAGCUUAUAUAUAUAUAUAUAUAUAUAUUUCUGUAUUUUAUUAGAUGAUGAAUGUAAAAUUCUAGCCGCCUUUUUCCCAAAGUUUAUGGAAGGAUAUACAACUAUUUUAGAAAUAAAAUGCAUACUAUUUUCAUGGAGAUUUUUAGUAAGUGCCAAGAUCAGAUGUCCUGCAAGCAUCCCAGCUUGGGUGAGAUCCUGACAGUGCAGGAAAUCUUCAUGGGACUGUGCAAUCAUUAAUUGUCAGAUGCCUUUGACAUUGGGGUGCAUUCUGAACAGUACAAAUUUAAUUCACAUGAUGUCUAGCAAGUGCUACUUGGUUAUGUAAAAACAAAUUAAAAGCACAUUUUAUCGUAAGGCCCUGGUUCUUCCCAGGCCUGCCAGGAGGUUGUACAAAUUGCAGUAUGCUCACUGAAAGCUCUGGGAUUACUCAGUGUUAAGCAGAAGCAGCAAGUGGUACUCCAUAUAAUGUAAGAUUUUGUAUUUGUUUUUAAUUUCCUGUACCUUUAAUAGUUCUUUCUGGUAUAUAUUUUAAGGACCUCCGCAUUUUUCAUAGUUGGACCUUUCCAAAGCAAAAUGUAGUGUCCUCACCACAUCUUGAUCUGUUUUCUACUUGAUUUUAGAGAUUGGGUUCUCCAGCAUCAGCUAAGCCAAAGGAUUUCUGUGCCUAGACAUGCAUUACAAAGAGCUAUGUGUAUAUAUAAUUGUUAUUUCUAUUAUCAGUUGGACAAAUUCUGUUGUCUUUGUAUGUUUCCAUUGAGUCUUGCACGAGGCAAACUCCACCCUCAGCAACAUAAGUUUAGUUGCAGUCAGGAUUUGAAAGCUUAGGAGGGCUUUUUUUCUUUUGUAUUAACAGAAAGCAAAGCACGAAAUAUGCGUCAUGUAUCUUUAAGAAUAGUUAUGUGUGCUUCAUUUUAAGAAAUGUUAGUUUAUAUGUUUUAACUUCUUGUUCACAUAUAAGCUGUAAUGAUUACAUCUGUGAUGUGCUGCUGAGCAUUUGGAACGUCGGUAGAAUGACUGCGAUGCAUCUUAAAAUACAAGUUUCUGUUUGAGUACUCUAGCCAAAAUGAAAGUUCUUGAACUUUUGUGAAUGUCAAAGUGCAUAUAUUUAAGAACAUGGUGCUUGUUUAUUCACUUUUUCAAUAAGAAUUAUAAUCAGCAGUAUUUUUAGUUACCUUAGUUUCAAAUCUGAUGGAAAUUAUAUUGCUUUUCAUAUACUGUAAGAUAUGCUUCACAGGAUAACAACUGUGCAUUUGUUCUGUAUUUUUUUUAAAUAAAGCUGAAUAUCACUUGUA